ACCGUUGGAUAUUAAAUUUACGAUCCUGAUCUCCUUCUCCAACAUUGAUUCUUUUUCCCUUUUUCUUCCUUAGCCACAAAGUCAUCCCAUCCACUAUUGCUAGUUCUUUCUCUAUUUGUUGUGUGCCUCAGCCUCCUUCGUCUUCGUCCCUGGCGGCGCCAAGCCGCCGAAGCCCCUACCCCACAACCACUCUCAAACAAAUCCAUAGAGAGGUAGUUGUUUCAUGCUACACUCCACCACCUCCUCUACCACCUUGUUCGCCCUAGAAACACUGUUGUUUUCUUCACCACCACAAACCCUAACCACUCAAGAACAACGACAACCUAGGCGUCGGCUUCGCCCAACUAUCUUCCACCACAUCCUUGGUGGUAGGCGGGCGCAUCACCAUCCCUUUCGUGAACCGCCACACCAACGUUGGGCUGAUAGCCUCCCCUUGGUUACACUCUAGUCAGGAAUCCACUAAAUUCCCCAACCUCUAGUUAUAUCUCAAAACCCUAACGCCCCUAACCGGAACCAAGUCCGCCGGAGUUGGCCCUCGGUCGAGGAGAAGGAUAGCUCAUAUCGCACGAAGGAAUGAUGCAACAAUCUACUAUUGUUGAAUUCUUUGCUCGCAGUUGCAACAAGAUCAUCAUUGGACUUGGACCUCAAUCUGUGUGACAAUCUCAAUCUUCUGUGCGGUCGUUUCCUCUGCCUCUGUCUGAUCAAUUGAUGGCCAGAAUGCCCUUUUUGGCUGCUGUUGCGGUUGCGGCAGGAGGACGCCGGCAUCUCGUCGACCUGUCGGCGAUCGCGCCCUCAGCGGGCAACUGGCCUCAGGAACAGGACUCCAACAUCCCACCAUGGUCGUCAUGGUCGCGUGAGACCAAAAACCAGGUGAUGUUCGUCGCCUCUGUCCUGGUAUUCCUCUUCAUUUGCUGGUGUGUCUACCGCCUCUUCUGCCGCGACGACGAGGACGAGGCGCAGGAUACCAGCAGGUUUGUUCGUGGACCGUGGAUCAACGACGACACCGCCGAAGGUAUCAGUACUCCGCCGUCGCCGCCACCGCCACCGCAGACGGACGUGGACUUGGCGGCGAUGCCAGCAGCCGACGUGGAGCUGGCGCUGGCCGCCAUGGAGCUGGCGCUGGCAGGCGUGGAGCUGGCACCAGCUCCAGACGUGGAGAUGACGCCACCAGUGCCAGAGCCGGCGCCGACGCUGAAGUGCACGUUCAGCACGACGGAUGGGUGGGCAGAGGGGACGUGCUCGGUGUGCCUGUCGGAGCUGGUCGACGGCGAGAAGGUGAGGGUGCUGACGGCGUGCAUGCACUGCUUCCACGCCAGGUGCGUCGAGAAGUGGCUGCGCGAGAACGCCACCUGUCCGCUCUGUCGCGCCCCCGCCAUUGCCACCGCGGCCAGAGGUCGACGUCGCCGGCGGCGGAGGGUGGACCCAAACCUCAGCUCAGCCUAGCUAGGAAUAAUUAGGUGGCUCUUGGAGUGAAUUUUGUCUCUCGCGAAGAUGGAACCGAUCAUGUAUGUACUUUGGUUAAGAUUAUACCGGCCCGUGCGACUGAGGUUUUAGUAAUUCGACAGUCUAUCUAAUUAAUAACAAAAAAAGAAAUGCAUGAACCUUGAUAACUAUAA